CACCGUCAUUCAUCCAUCAUGUCAGCCUCUGAACAGGUCCAACUGGACAAUUUCCCCACCAUCUUCUCCUUGGAGGGAAAGGUUGCCCUCGUCACUGGAGGCUCUCGCGGUCUAGGUCUGCACACUGCCAGUGGUCUCCUCCAAUCGGGCUGUUCCAAGGUCUACAUCACCUCGCGCAAGGCGUCUGCCUGCGCCGAAGCCGUUGCGGCCCUAAAUGCGCUCCCCAACAAACCCCCGCACGCCACCGCCAUCGCUGUCCCCGCCGACAACUCUAAUAUGGAGGAGCUAGACCGGCUCGUCGCAGAGGUCUCUAAGACGACCUCCCAUCUUGACAUCCUCUUCGCCAACGCCGGUGCAACAUGGGGCGAGAAGUUUGAUACAUACCCAGAGGACAAGUUUAGCAAGGUCAUGGACCUGAAUGUGAAGAGCGUCUUCUACACCAUCCAGAAAUUCACUCCCCUGCUGACGGCACGGGCCACCCAAGAUGACCCGUCGCGCGUUAUCGUAACUGGCUCGACUGCAGGCAUUACACUGGGCAGUCUAGGCCCCAGUGCAACCUUCAGUUACUCUGCCUCCAAGGCAGCUGUGAUGCAUCUCGUCCGGAACUUGGCCGUUGAUUUGGGGCCCCGACACAUCCUGUGUAAUGCCAUUGCGCCAGGAUUCUUCCCGUCCAAGAUGGCCAAUGGCCUGAUCAAGAUCAAGGGAGGACUGGAGGAUCUAGAACGGAAGUCACCAAACGGAAGGCUGGGCAGGAAGGAGGAUAUUGCGGGCUUGGUCGUGUUUCUGGCCAGUCGGGCAGCAAGCCACAUGAAUGGAGCUGUGAUUCCCAUCGAUGGGGGGAAUCAUUUGGCGCGAUUGUAAAUGAUGAUUGGGCUGAAGUAUACGCGUCCGAGAUGUAGGAAGGCCUGAUCGUUGGACAUGGAUGGAAGAGUCUCCAUCGCAAACGGGUGCCGCAUCAAGCCACUAUUUGGACCUCUGCUUGUGUUGGGUGGCAAGGAAUGCUACCCUGUGCUACCAGAUAAAUGGAAGCAGUCAUCAGGAGAUUGCUUUGAGUAGCGUAAUCUUUCCUCUCUGAAUCUGCCUACAUAUGGGGAGCGUACUCGCUUCC